CAUCCCCUACUCCACCCUCACCUCCGAAGGUUGGGGGUGAUACGCUGAGCUUAGAUCAGUGUCUAAGGACAACGACUCGAAACUCAAAGUUAAAUGCGGCAUCAUUACAGAGUGCCUAUCCGACAGUAAAGCAUCCUGGUCCGGGAAUAUCUUAACUCGCAGAGGUUAGUGUUACCCUCUCCGACACGGAUCUUGUAAAGUCCCCUCCUGAUAGAGCAAGGCGCUAAACCCUAAUUGCUCCUGUAAGUCGCUCUGGAUAGGAGCGUCUGCUAAAUGACUAGAAUGUAAAUAGACUUCUCUCUCUGCUUCAGAGCCCUCUGGAGGGCAAAGGGCCUGUCUAAGGGACGUAAGUAUAACCCACUCGCCCCUUGUUUAAAGACCACCUUAUCCUACUCCACACAGUUCACGCUGGCACUUGGGGAAUUCAGUCCAUCUAUGGGGAGGUAAUACUGUAUAAGCUACAGCUGAUAGUCAAUCUUGUUGUGUUGACGUCUACUUCUCUUUUUAAUCAUGCUUGUCUAGUAGCCUGAUUGUAGGUUAAAUGAAUAUCAAUGUUAUAUCCACCAUGUAUUCAUUGAGUGGGGUAAUUCAUUAGCCGUACCGCGAAAUUGUCUUUUGCAAGGAUGCAGGGAAUGCUGUCCCCCUUUGCAGUUGAAGAGCAAUUGUCUUAGCAUGACAUUACCCCUACUGGUUCAUUCCCGCAGAUAGCCACAUUCACCUUCAAAACCAUUAGCAUUGAGCCAGAAAGUUUGAAUUCAUACGUGUCUCAAUUCUCUGCACUGGAAGAGCAAUUCUCUUUGCGCCAGCUGCUUCACCCCUCAUUCCACAUUCCACCUUCGCCUUCAAAACAUUUAGCAGUUAGCUAUUAUCAUUAGUGAUGUAGCAUUAGCAUUGAGCCUGCCUGAAUAAUGAUCCUCUCUAUCCUUCUUUCCUUCAGUGCUAGGCUAGCUGCUUCACUCUUACUACCACAUUCCCUCCAACUUCAAAGUCAUUAGUGUUAGCAUUAGCAUAGGAGUGUUUUAGAAUAACGAGGCUCUCUAGCCUGCUGUCCAAAGACUCUGCAGGUCCCCUGUGGGGCUAUUUAGCUUUUCGCACAUCACGAAAGGUCUUCUUUCCAAGGCUAAACACACAGUUAACAGACGGUGCUCUCGCUCCCAACUCCCCCAUAACGUCUGUCUCCUCCACACCGCCUAUAGCCGCGAAUAGGAAAUGUCAGGCCUAUUAAAAUGUAUGUCGGGUCGGCUUCACAGAGAUGGAAAGACGGUAUAGAAGCCCUCACCAAGGCUUUUUAAUCGCAGGCCUGCAGAGCUUCCGUUUCCUUUUCGACCUAGUUGCUCGCCAAUGGAUUGAUUCGUGUCGCGAUUUAAAGCGUAGAUGAGGAACACCGGCAGUGUUUGGGGCUUAGCCCUCCAAGCAUGGAGUUGACAAGUUCUGUGCCCUAUGCCUUCCUAGGACUUCAGAACCUAGAACCCUUCUCAGCAGUGGGAUGUUUUAGGACCCUUCUCAGAUGCUUAGCAGUGACUUUUCACUGAUUUGACUUACCAACCUUGGCCUGUCAGGAAUGCCUGCUGUUUUACUGAGAAAGUUUCCAUAAAGACACUAUCUGGCAGGGCAGAUAACAAAACUGCUUUGACAGUCAGCCCAUGCUGUGUGUCACACAGAGGGAUCGAAGGCCCUGUCACAUUCCAAGAUGGGUUGAAAAUGAGAAGUAUGGUUUUGAAUAUAGUUGACAGAGAAUUGUUGACUAUUGUAUCUGAAAUGAACUGUUUUGCCAUUUCUGCAGCAUUCAAUUAGAUGAUUCCACGAGACUCCAUAGGACUGAGCAUGGCACUUGACACGUGAAAUAUGAUCGCGAGACAGUGGUCAACAUUGGGGUUCCGUAAUACUAUCAGUCCACUGACUCCACUCUUUUCUGUUUUGUUUGUGAGGUCACAUGGUGCCAACGUCUGCCAGGUCUAUUCAUCAGGGUAUGCAAUAUGGACAUGAUGGCCUGUGGACAGACAGUCCCUCAGUAGAAUAAAGAUGUGAGCUGAAAUACCACCGCUGACGAGGCUCCUCCAGCAUGUCCACACACACACACACACACAGAGAGAGGGAGUCCUGCCAGACUGCAGACUUUGCAGGUCUACAGCGAUGGAGGGACAGACCGAGGAACUGACAGGACCACAGGAAAGUGUACCCAGCUACGGUAGAACUGUUAGGAGACCUCUUCAACAUGAAUACAGACAGUGGAGGAUGCGCUCGCAGCAGCACUGCCUUGCUACUCACCCUCUCCCACAUGAAGCGGGUCCAGAGCGUCCCCAAUCUGGCUACAGGGAGUGAUUCUCACUCGUCAGAUUCAGAUGCUUGGAGGUCGCGUAGCACCGACGGCCUGAGGAACGGCGACGACGUCACUUCUUCCCUGGCCGCCAAGGGCUUCCGCAGCGUCAGACCCAACCUGCAAGACAAGAAGUCCCCCACACAGGGCUCGCCUUCUCACCCCUGCUUCCCCGACCACAGAGCCCGGCGCUCACCUUACAACCAAAGCGCCGACUCACUGGACUACCUGGCGGGCUUCAAAGCUCUGUCGCCCACCCCGUACGCCCCAUCCCCAUACGCCACCUUGGAGCGCGGUGGGGGGGACCGAAUGCAAAAAAUUGGCAUAGUCGGCGGGGUUAGAGUAAGCGUGGUUAGUGCUGAUGGAUGUAUGGGGGGCAUGUCACCCUCGCUCUCCCCAGUGACAGUGUCAGCGCUCAGCCAGUACUCAUCCUCCACGGCAGGCCUCCUGGAGGAGCUCCAGAUCUGCAGCCUAGACUCCCCCGGCGUGUCUCCCUCGCCCACCCUCAGCCACAUGUCGACCUCCGCGUCCACCACGGGCAACGACGAGGCGCCGCCGCUAACCUCCGCCGCUGCUGCCACUAACGGCCAAGCUAUUCAAGUGGCUAUGAAUGGAAGUGCGCCCCACCCCCAGAGACCCUCCUCACCCCCGGCCUACCCCCCUCUCCCCGCCUCGUUCAGCCCAGGGGUGGUUCACAUGCAGAGUCGGAGCGCAGAAGGUUCAGAGUCGGUGAUGUCGGGCCACACCAGCGUGAGCAGCACGGUGCCCAUCGCCCGCUUUUCAGAGGAAGAGAAGAGGGUGUCGGUCAUCAAGGCGCCCCACUACGAGGGCAUCGGCCCCGUGGAUGACACGGGCAUCCCAAUCGCCAUUCGCACGACGGUGGAUAGGCCGAAGGACUGGUACAAGACCAUGUUCAAGCAGAUCCACAUGGUUCACAAAGCAGAUGACGACUAUGCCGACUCGUACAACGCCACAUACACUGUCAGCGGUGACAGUGACACAUAUGGUCAGUCCUCCAACCCCACCGUGGCCUACCCUCCCCCCAGGACACAAACGUACCGGCCCCUGGCCAAGAGCCCGUCGGACAAUGGAGGCCCCGGGACCUUCAGGGAGCCCUCCCCCGUGCCACCGCCACCCCCGCCCAAGCCCUCCCUCCUACAGCUGAGGUCCAGAGACAGCGACCGGGAGCGAGACUCUCCCGACACCAUGAAUCAGUGGGGCCCUCCCGAUAGGAAAGUGGACACUAGAAAGUACCGCGCUGAACCCAGGAGUAUAUUCGAGUACGAGCCAGGGAAAUCAUCCAUUCUGGAGCAGGAGAGGCCGACGUAUAAGCUAAACCCAGAUGACAUAGAUUUAGAGAACGAGCCUUGGUAUAAGUUCUUUUCCGAGCUGGAGUUCGGCCGUCCGCCUCCUAAAAAACGUCUGGAUUAUAAUCCAGACAUCUGCCCUCGCCGACUCACGGAGACGUCGCUGUACUUCACUCCCACUGCUGACCGGGUUCCAGAGAGGCCGGCGAGUGCUGCCAGUGACUACAGGAAGAGGAGGAAGUCGGAGCCGUCAGGUGACCAGGGCAAGAACCAGGUCUCCCCAAAACCACCGGACCCUUACAAAGGCAGCAGCACACUGAGGAAACCUGCCAUCCGCUCCUCCCCCUCCUCCCCCUCCAGAGUCAAAGGUUUCCUCUCUCAUAGUGGGGUGACCACAGAAAAGAUUAGCGGUGGGGACACGUGCGAAAUGACCUACUCCCCCCGUUUGAGCUCUUCCCCGGGCCCGUACCUCCGCUCCCCUCUCUCCCCCAUGCCCUCCAACCUCGCCCACCGUCGCUACGAUGACGAUGCCAACCCGGGGGGAGCCUCUUCGCCCUCCUCGCCCCUCAAGCGCGCCAUCUGCUUCAAGAACGGCUGGCAGACCCGGCGGCAGGACGCGGAAACAUGGAGCAGCACAGAAGACGCGCCGCCCUCGCCCGCAAAGCUGAAGUCGCGUAGCUGUGACAACCUGCUCAACGACGGGCACCCAGUGGGCACCGGCGGGCACAAGGCUACCCGUUCGGAGAGCGCCGGGUCACUGGUAUUCGACAACCCAUUGGGGCAAACCGCAUCGUCCUCUACUCGCUCCUUGCCUCGCCCGCACCGGCGACGUGCCCACGACGCGCCAGGCUUCCUGAAGCUCUACCGCAAGAUGCACCACAUCGACCGCGCCCAGCUGCUACCCUCUGACGUCAUCCGCUCGGUCCGUGCCCGCAUCCUGGAACUGGAGCGUCAGCCGCACCUCUUCCCCCGAAAACUCUCCCCCUGGGGGCCAUCGUGGGGCCUGGAGGUCCCUCGCGAUACGGUGCCAAUGCGCAUCUCCACGUACGAGCAACUCAUCCAGAAGUCCAAGUCCAUGCCCGACUUGGGAGAUAGCGAGGUCCCAUCUGGCACAACCACGCCCGGCGGGUCAUCGUCCCGCGCCAGUAGUAGCGGGGGAGGAGGCGGCGGGGGCAGGGAGACACCCGGGUACCCCAAACGCCGUUUCUCCAUUGAGUCUCUGCUAGAAGAAGACAUUAACAAUGGGAAUGGUAAUGGGACGUCCCAUCACACUUUUGACCACCAUCACGCUCACCAGGGGGCAAGGAACCCGCCCGAGGGUCAGCCCCGCCUCGCUCUGGACCCCCACCACCGCGAUUUCCCCGAUCCCCUCGUUUAUCGACGCGCCACUGUCCCGGGGGCCGAGUACUCUGGGUCAGAGCAGGAUGCAGCCGCCUCGGACCUCAGUGACUUUGUCCAAGUCGAAGGAUCCUCCUUCUGCAGCGAGAGCGACUUCGACCACUGCUCACUCACCUCGUCAGUCGAGAGCUUCUACGGCCCCUCCUCCCACCACCACCUUCGACACCACCACAGCCACAGCCACCACAACCCCAGUCAUCAGUCUCUCGGUCAGGGUCAGGGCUACCAGCACCGUCACCUCAUCAGCUCGUGUAAAGGACGCUGCCCGGCCUCCAACACCCGCUUUACCACUAUGCUGCGCCACGAGCGGGAGCAGGCCCGCCAGGAGCUCCGGCAGAAACCCCCCCAGACACAGCAAACCAGACAUGGGGGAAGGGGAGGGAGCGGAGGGGACCACCAUGCUCUACCCCCCUCGUCCCAAGCAGCCCAAACCCAGCAGGGGAUGUCCAAACUGGCCUUCCUCAUCAGUCCCGUGCCUUUCCGAAGGAAAAAGGGUGAUUCUCCACCCACUUCGAGAAGGAGUAGUGGAGGUCGAAGUACCAGGCCCAAGUCUAAAGAAGCAGUCUAUGAAGCUUUGGAUGCGGCCUUGAGGGAUAUCUACGAACACAUCCAAGCGGAGCGAGGCCGGAGCGGCGCUAGGCUACCAGACGACAGCAUCCUCCGGAGGCUACUGGCUGAGAUCCUCCCGGAUGUGCCCGAGAGGAGCUCCUCGUUGCGGGGACAGAGGGGGAGCCUGAAGGGGGGUCCCUCCUCGAGCUCCUCGUACCCCGACGGGAGUCCCACGGGGUACAGCUCGUCACCGCGGCUACAGUCGCCGCUAAGUAUCUCUUACAGUCUCCAUACAGAUGCCUCCAAUAACAACGACUUUGGAGAGGAGCCAGGCAACGCAGGUGGAGCAUGCACACACAUUUAUAUAUACACACACUUGUACUACAAGCACACACACCAGCCCUCAGUCCAUCAUCUCCCUCCUCGACUCUCCCCAGCACUGCCUGCCUGUGACCACCUCCCCUUCUACCAGUCACUGUGCUUCAGCAACGGGCCAAUGAACAGAGCUGAGGUUAAAGAAGCCCUGUUCCUAUUGGCUCAUCCUCAAGACACCCAGGGACCGCAUGCUUCCUCUUCAUUCCCUUAUAUGGUUAAAGGAUUGUGUUGUUUACUGAGAUGCAUGUUGUGUUAUUGUCGGCAUUUCUCUUUUUGCUGCUUGUUUCCCAGUUAUUUUUGGUGUAUUAUUUCACUCCCCUUUAGUACGUACCUUGUUAUGUUGAACCACUUGCAUUUAUGAUUUUGUCAGGGAUGGUUUAUCAAUUGGAUGAAUAUAUUUUUGGAAUGUACAGCGAGCUCAAAGUGUUGGGGCAGUGACACCAUUGUUGUUUUGGCUCUGUACUCCAGCAAGUGUACACUUUGCAUUUGAAAUGAUACAAUGACUAUGAGUUUAAUCCUUAAGAGUCUCAAAAGUCACCCGUUCGUCAAUCUAAGUAACAUAAUAAAAGAAUCCCAGUCGAAAUCCGUCGUCUUAAGCUAGCGAUAUUGCACGGGCUGCGUCUCCAUCCACCGCAUCCUCCUACGGUGGCCUUCUGCAGUGGAAGGUGGCCGAGCUACAGCGGUGUUUGUCAGACCAUGAGACAUCCCCAUAUGGACGGUUUAUCAAUUGGAUUUGUUAUUUUUUUGGAAUACGGUGAGCUCAAAUUAUUGGGACAAAACAACAACAACAAUUGUCACUGUCCCAAUACUUUUGGAGCUCACUGUUAUGCGCUUGCUGGUAUGAAUGACUUCUCCUUCUGUGCUCUUCUGUUCAAAUGUUCUGUUCUCGUUUUGUGACGUGGGCAUGCUUUUCCUUUUACUCAUACUGUGUUACACUAUCCGAACCAUGUGUUUUCCCUGAAAUGGAAAUAAAAUGCAUUUUAAUUUAUUAUAAUUUUAUUUGGUCAUUUCCUGCCGACACUCAUUUCCUGGAUGACAUCACUACCCUGAAUGACAUCAUCACCCAUUGCGUAAACCAACUUGGUUUACUCAGGGAGGCGCAACUCUACAGAACGCUAAGACACAGAAUAUAUUGACUAGAACAGACAUUCCUCUUUUGAUCAUGGAGAAUAGACAAUUGUGUCAGCUCUAUUAUAUUGCAUUUCCACCUGCAACGUUCUGCACAUUUCACCCUUCUGAAUCCUCCCAUGGGAAAUGUAACAGAUAAAGCCAACAUGAUAUUCUGCAUAAAAGACGAUCAUGUCAGUUUCUGCACAAUGCAUUUCUAUCUGAGCAUGCUGUAACGGUUUCGCCCUUCUGAACAUGCCUCCUGGCGUCGCUGUGCACGUGUCGUCCCAUCGCCAUGGCAACACUGUUUUGUUGACCCUUCUGAUAACCCUUGACCCCUGUGCUGUUCCCCCUCACAGAGCAGGAUGCCUCCAGGGGGUACAACACAACCACCAGCGACGGGGGAGGGGGGCAGACCAGACGAGCCACCCCGGACAGAGAG